AUGGCCAUCAAACUGGACCUGUCAAAAGAUUUCAACGGACAAGAAUGGCCUUUCAUUUUAGCUGUUUUCAAUAAGUUGGGUUUUUCGGAUGAUUGGUGCCAAAUGAUCUCCCAAUGCAUAAGCACAUUGUCAUAUUCGAUCUUGGUUAAUGGCUCUCCAGGUGAAGUCUUUUUUCCGUCUCGUGGUAUUAGGCAGGGAGAUUGCCUAUCUCCUUACAUUUUCAUAAUCUGCAUGGAAGCUCUUUCUCAACUGUUACUCAAAGGUGAGAAGGAUAUCCUAGUAAUUUCCCAUUUAUUCUUUGCUGACGAUUGCAUGCUUUUAUCCAAGGCCUCUCUUAUUUAUGCUAGAAAUUUUAUGAGCAUCAUUAAUAACUUUGCAAGAGCAUCAGGCCAAGCUAUUAAUUUUGAUAAAUCUGGGUUCUUCACUAGUAGUAAGUUACAUCAUAAGCACAUUAAGUUACUUCCAAAAACUUUAGGUAGAACAGUAGUGACUACACAUGUUCUGUCUAGUUUGGCUGUUUAUCAUAUGUCAUGUUUUCCUUUUCCGAAAAAAAUUACAGCUAAAAUAGAUGCUAUUCAAAGAGCCUUUUGGUGGUCUAAGAAAAAUCCUAGAAGAGCUGUAUAUUUUCGAUCUUGGGGUGACAUUGGUAAGUCUAAAAUGAAUGGUGGGCUUGGUAUUCGAAACUCUUUUGCUACCAACAGAGUCCUUAUAGCAAAAUUAGGGUGGAGACUUCUUAAGAACAAUGAUCAGUUGGUUACAGUUUUUCUUAAAGACAAGUACUACCCAAAGCAAAAUCUUUUAGAGAUUGAUAAGGCAGCCGAUAGUUCCUCUUGGAUUUGGAAGGGCAUAUUUAACAGUAUUACUUUCUUAAAAGAAAAUUUUAUAUACAAGAUAAACAAUGGAAAAUCCACAAAGAUUUGGUCUUCUAAUUGGAUCCCUGGUAGUUCCUCUGCUCCUAUUUCAGAUAAUUCAAGCUUUGGUAAUUAUAAUUUUAUUGGUGAACUUAUUGACUCUCAUGAUAACAGUUGGAAUACUGCUUUACUUUCUUCGUUUUUUUCUCCUGAUGAGGUUAUUAGGAAUAGAUCAAUAUAA